AUGAUCAUCUAUGGGCUGUCCUUGACUCAAUUAUACAACUUCUUGACGGCAAAUCAUUGGCUCACUUUUAUGGUCGUCUGGCCUGUUAGCGCUUCGAGCAAUGUGAGAGCAGUUUUGAUCUUCAUUAUUGCCCUUGACAGGACUUGUGCCGCCUACUGUCCUACAAUCUUUUCCAAGUACCGUAAACUAAUACCGACUGUUCAUGUGAUUUUCUUUGUUUCAUCAUUUCUUGUGAUUGAAACAUUGAUAGCUUUUCACAUUUGCAAAAUUGACCUAAACAUCCCAACAGACUGUAUAGAGGCGCAGUUUAUCAAUGGAGCCUGUUAUCACAAUUAUUGGAUAACGUUUUCGAAAAUCCUUUACACUCUUAUCAUAGCCCUGACAUUUAUGCUCUGCUUGAAAAUCUUCUUUUGGGAUAGAUACAAGAAGCAACAUGUGAAUGAAAAUUUGAGAAGGAUGGGCUGA